GCCCCUGUCUUCACUGCCACAACUGCUAAAAUGGAGGUGGUUUCAGCUGAAGUCAACAACUUGCUCCCGGAGGAAAUCAUGGACACGGGUAUAACUUUGGUGGAAGAUGACAGUAUUGAGGCAGUUAUUGUAUCGUCACCCAUGGGAGAUUCUAUUCCCAUGGAAACAGAACUGGAAGAAAUAGUGAACAUGAGCUCGACCAGUGACUCGUCAGCAGUGGCCACCCCUGCGGUCACCGUGGAACAAGUGACCGUGCCCAGCAAUCACUCGGGCGAAGCAGCAGCCAACGUGGCAACUGCAAAAACAGAGACGAACGCGGUAGUCAAGCCUGCCUUUCCAAGUGGCCUCCACAAACUCGGUGCUCAGACCCCUGUCACUAUAUCUGCCAACCAGAUCAUCUUGAACAAGGCCGCUGACCUUAAAAUAGGCAAUCAGAGCAUUAAGCCAGACGGACAGAAGCUAAUUGUAACAACUUUGGGCAAGUCCGGCCAACCCAUCGUGCUAGCGCUGCCCCACAGCCAGCUCCCCCCAGUGCAGAAAGCUGCCUCCCAGGCCCCCGGGGCUGACUCCAAGGUACAAGGCCAGCAGAUCAAGGUUGUUAUUGGGGGGAGAUCAGAAGUGAAACCAGUUGUCGGUGUUUCCGCUUUGACACAAGGGAGUCAGCUCAUCAAUACAGCGGCUCAGCCUUCUGUGUUGCAGACCCAGCAGUUAAAAACAGUCCAGAUUGCAAAGAAGACGCGCACCCCAACCUCUGGCCCAGUGAUCACCAAGCUCAUCUUUGCAAAACCAAUCAAUAGCAAAGCUGUUACGGGGCAGACGACUCAAGUAUCACCAGUCAUUGCAGGUAGGGUUCUUUCACAGUCUGCUCCAGGAACGCCACCAAAGACGAUAACAAUCUCUGAGAGUGGAGUUAUUGGAUCAUCUCUGAGUACCACAGCUCAACAGACACCCAAUAAAAUAGCUAUCUCGCCACUCAAAUCCCCUAACAAGCUAACAGUGGUGUCAGUGGCCUCCCAGCCUCCCAGCUCCCCCCAGAAGACGGUGAGCGUCCCCUUGAAUGUAGCUUUAGGACAGCAGAUCCUCACAGUGCAGCAGUCUGCACCCUCUUCCCCUGGGAAGGCCAUAGUCAACCACACAACGGCGCAGGCUGUGAAGUCAGCAGUGCAGACCAUUACCGUAGGAGGAGUGGGUACAUCUCAAUUUAAGACAAUUAUUCCCUUGGCAACUGCACCAAACGUCCAGCAGAUUCAGGUACCUGGAAGCAAAUUCCAUUACGUGAGACUUGUCACUGCCACAACAGCCAAUAGUUCAACCCCAUCUGCCAGCCAAAAUCCCAGUACGAAUACACAGCCUCUUCAGCAAGCGAAACCAGUGGUGGUGAACGCAACCCCUGUGCGGAUGUCUGUCCCCAUUGUGCCAGCACAGACUGUCAAACAGGUGGUGCCCAAACCAAUGAACCCAGCUUCCCAGAUAGUUACUACUAGUCAGCCCCAGCAAAGACUUAUUAUGCCAGCCACUCCACUGCCACAGAUACAGCCCAACCUCACUAACCUGCCCCCGGGCACCGUGCUGGCACCAGCGCCUGGCACAGGAAAUGUAGGCUAUGCAGUCCUUCCAGCUCAGUACGUCACGCAGCUACAGCAGUCAUCUUAUGUAUCUAUAGCAAGCAACACCAAUUUCACAGGGACAUCUAGUAUCCAGUCCCAAGCACGGCUGCCAUUCAACGGAAUAAUUCCCUCUGAAUCUGCCAACCGCCCCAGGAAGCCUUGCAAUUGCACCAAGUCUCUGUGUUUGAAACUGUACUGCGAUUGUUUUGCAAAUGGUGAAUUCUGCAAUAACUGCAACUGUACAAAUUGUUACAACAAUCUGGACCAUGAAAAUGAUAGGCAAAAAGCAAUAAAGGCCUGCCUGGACAGAAACCCUGAAGCCUUCAAGCCCAAAAUAGGGAAAGGAAAGGAAGGAGAAUCGGAUCGGCGACACAGCAAAGGGUGUAACUGUAAACGCUCGGGAUGUCUCAAAAACUACUGUGAAUGUUAUGAGGCAAAAAUCAUGUGUUCUUCCAUAUGUAAAUGCGUUGGCUGCAAAAACUUUGAAGAGAGUCCGGAGCGCAAGACGCUGAUGCAUUUAGCAGAUGCGGCCGAAGUCCGAGUCCAGCAGCAGACGGCAGCGAAGACCAAGUUGUCUUCCCAGAUCUCGGAUCUGCUGACAAGGCCAACGCCAGUGCUCAGCAGUGGUGGGGGCAAGCUGCCUUUUACCUUUGUCACCAAGGAGGUAGCGGACGCAACCUGUGAAUGCCUCCUCGCGCAGGCGGAGCAAGCGGAGAAGAUGGGCAAGUCCAAAGCAGCCGCGGAGCGCAUGAUCCUGGAGGAAUUCGGACGCUGUUUGAUGAGAGUUAUUAACUCUGCAGGGAAGUCCAAAAGUGACCCUUGUGCCAUGAACUGCUGACUCAUGCAUGUGAGCUACAGCUAAGCGGACUGAACGGAACAUUUAAGGCACAGGGACACUUUGGUUUGGGACAGAGGAUUUAACAAUAUUUGUUAAUUUGGUGCUUGUUUUAAAUUGACUUGCAAAAGAUUGAAAUGAGAAAUUCUUUUCUAACA